AUGGCACCCUGUCCUGCAAAGGCGCCAUUCCUUAACAGCGUCACCUCGGGCAAACCUUACGAGCAUAUUCCAUCACCCAAAGGUCUACCUUUGGUUGGGACAAUGUUUGACCUUCUCUGUAGUGGAGGCGCUCCUAAGAUCCACGAAUACUGUGAUAAACGACAUAAGGAGUUAGGCAGUAUCUAUCGCGAGAAAUUGGGUGCCGUUGAAGCCGUGUUUGUUGCAGAGGGUGAGUUGAUUCAGAGGGUUUAUCAAAAUGAGGGGCGCUAUCCCAUGCACCUAGUCCCCGAGCCCUGGCUGAUUUACAACGAAAUUAACGGCAUUCGGCGUGGACUAUUCUUCAUGGAUGGCCCUCAAUGGAGUGAAAGGCGUAAGAGUCUCAACAAAGUGUUCCGCCAACAAAGUGUCUCAGAUCACGCCAGGGUAUUUAAUGAGGUUAUCAACGACCUGCUUGACAGGUGGCGGAAGGUACGGGGUGAAGAUAUGGAAUUAGAAAAUUUAGAGAGAGAACUUUACAAUUGGUCCAUUGAUUCUCUAGGAACGAUGAUAUUUGGACGGCGUUUGGGAUGUGUGACGUCUGACAGUAAAAUCGGGAAUAUCCACGAAUUCGUGCACUGUGUUCAGCAAAUCUUUACGGAAUCUGCUCAUAUGACAAUGAUCCCACCUCGGCUUGCAUACUGGCUUAAGUUACCCGUGUGGCGGAGGUUCGUUCAAGCAGCUGACAGAGCUUUAGGGUUGGCAAAAGCAUACGUAGAAGAUAAUGUCAAAGAUAUCUUCUCCAAAGCCGAGACAGGAGAGCCAGUAGAGGGUGUUUUAAGCCAGAUGCUUCUUGAAGACAAGAUAGAACAAGAAGAAAUAGUGCGAAUUGUCACAGAUCUUUUUCUCGCUGCUGCUGAUACGUGGAAGUACACACCGGUUAGGUUAUUUCCAGUUGCACCCUUCUUGACCCGAAUUUUAUCACAAGACAUUAUUCUUAAUGGUUACAAGGUCCCAGCUGGGAAACUUAUUCUGAUGUCUCUGUAUACAACUGGAAGGGAUCCUACAUUCUUCCCAGAGCCAGGUAAUUUCAAACCUGACAGAUGGCUACGGAAUCGGUACUCUCGUGACGUCAUUAAUACAUUUGCAUGCUUACCCUUUGGCUUUGGCACCCGAUCCUGUAUUGGUCGUCGAGUGGCAGAAAUGCAGAUGCAGUUUCUUCUUGCAAGAGUAAUUCAAAAUUUCCAUCUGGUGUCUGCUAAUAAAAAAGAUGUGGGAAUUAUUAUGAGAAUGAUUACAACUCCAAACGAACCAAUCAAACUACGUUUGAGGGAUCGUAGCAAGUGA